UAAAUUUCUGUAAAAUAACAAACAAAACCCCAAACCAACGGUGAUAAGCAUAAAGCCAAAAAAAAACCUUCUUCAUCAUUCUCUCUCGAAUCUCCAGUCGUCAGAUUUCUCUCCAAAACGCGCGAAAUACAAACCCACCGCCUCUCUCUCUACACAGGGAUUGUUCUGAUAAUGGCGGAGGCACCGACGAGUCCGGCCGGCGGGAGCCACGAGAGCGGCGGCGAGCAGAGCCCGCAGAACGGGAGCAGCAGCAACGUGAGGGAGCAGGACAGGUACCUUCCAAUCGCGAACAUCAGUCGGAUUAUGAAGAAGGCGCUGCCGCAAAACGGCAAGAUCGCCAAGGACGCUAAGGACACUGUUCAGGAAUGCGUCUCCGAAUUCAUCAGCUUCGUCACUAGCGAGGCCAGCGAUAAGUGCCAGAAGGAGAAGAGGAAGACGAUUAACGGUGACGAUUUGCUGUGGGCGAUGGCUACGUUAGGGUUUGAGGACUAUAUUGAGCCGCUCAGGAUUUACUUGGCUAGGUACAGGGAGUUGGAGGGUGAUGCAAAGGGUUCUGCGAGGGGUGGAGAAGGGUCUGCUAAAGGGAAUCCUGUUGGAGCUAUGACUGGGCAAAAUUCACAGUUUGUUCAUCAGCCACCACUGAACUACGUCAAUAGCCAAGAGGAUUAUUAUGUGCCUUUGAACAAUAUGGGGAAUGGAAAUUGAUGCUUUUCAUUUUGAUUUGAGGAAGAAGAGAAGACAUGGGUUUUGGUCACUGGUCACUUGAUCCUAAUGAUGUGUCCUCAAUAUCUUGCAAUGCAGGCACAGCAUCUGGUUGUUCCUUCCAUGCAAAGCAAUGAGUAGAAGUCUUACUUUUAUCCUAAAUCAUUGUUAAGAACUCGAAAGCGGUAAAUUGUUAAGUUGCAUUGCUUAUAGUAUCAUUGAUGUGAAUUUGAGUUAAUUUAUGUUUCCGGGGUCUCUGCUUUGGUUUGGAUAGGAAGGAUUUAAGUUGUAGAUUUGGCUUUUGGCUAUAUGUCUAGUUUAGUUGUCUGACCCCGUGUGAUGAAGUAAUGUUUAAUUGGAUGAAGUACUGAAGAACCUUGUGAAACAAAAAAAAAGGGAAUAUAAUGCAUAUUUUUCAUAUAACA